UUCAAGGGUCCCUUUUAGGUUUUAGUGGCUUGUGAAUGUCCAUUGAGUGCACUCAGAGCCUAUCAAGAUGUUGAACAAGUUUACAUUCGCCUUGGGCGUUGCCACUGUCAUCGCCGUUUUGGCCAUUGGCGCCCAUUCACAAACCGUUAACGAUCACGACAAGAUCGUCUCUUGUUACAUUGGAACAUGGGGAUUUUACAGACAAGGAAUGGGCAAGUUCGACAUUGAGGACAUCGACACCCAAUACUGCACCCAUGGAUUCUACGGUUUUGCCGAUUUGGAUAAUAUCACAUGGACCAUGUACGCAUACGACCCCUGGUACGAUCUGGCCCCUGAGGAUUGCGAGCCUUUCUACUGCAACUAUGACUCUUAUCGUCGAUUCACUGCCCUGGGAUCCGACAAGUUCGUUCCCAUUUUGUCUAUUGGUGGAUGGAACGCCGGUUCCGGAAAGUACUCGAUGAUGGCCAAAGAUCCCGCCAAGAGGAAGACCUUCGUGGAUUCUGUGAUUCCGUUCCUGGAAAAAUUUAACUUCAAGGGUUUGGAUUUGGAUUGGGAGAAUCCCGGAGAGCGUCUGGGAGCUGACGCCACUGUCGACAAAGAGAACUUCAACAAGUUGGUGGAUGAGCUGUACCAAGCCAUGAACCCAAAAGGCAUGAUUUUGACCUCCGCCAUGGCAUCAGGUUACAAGACAGUGGAGACUGGAUACGACGUUCCCUUCCUUUCUGAGCGUUUGGCUAUUCUUAACAUCAUGACCUACGAUUACCACGGCUACUGGGAAGGCCAUAAUUAUACUGGUGUGAACAGUCCCAUUUAUCCUCGUGAGGAAGAGACCGACCCCGAACAUCCUUGGUACAAGUUUAACCAGUUUGACGCUAUUCAAAAUUACAUCGCUCAAGGAGCCCCAUUAGACAAGCUGGUUUUGGGCGUGGCCUCGUAUGGUCGUGGUUUUGUCCUGGACGAUGAGACUCGCAACGGAUUGUAUUGCGACACCAAAGCUGGAAUCCCCAUGGGUCCCUAUUCCAUUGAUGAUGGCUUUUGGGGAUACAUCGAGAUCCUACAAGCCCAGAGCAACGACACCUUGGCCCCCAAUCUUCCCGGAGCCAAUCCCAAGGAAUGGACUGUAGUCGUGGAUGGCUGCUAUCAAACUCCCUACAUGUACAACGGUCCCUACUGGAUCGGUUAUGACAACGAGGAAUCCAUUAAGAAGAAGGUGGACUUUGCCAACUUGUUGGGCAUUGCUGGAGUCAUGAUGUGGUCCAUUGACACAGACGAUUUCGUUGGAGUCAACGGAGGAUCCGCUUGGCCGCUUUUGAGGAAGGUCAACCAAGAGCUCAUCAACGGCGACACUUUCGAUCCCAAUGUUCCCGGCAACCCUGGAUGCAAAACUGCUCCCAGUUGCGCUGACGGCGAUUUUGAUAUGACCACGGCUGAAGAUACGACCACCACUUCGACCACAGAGGCAUGGUCAACCACUACGUCUAGCGCCGAUGAUUCGACCACCAGUGGACAAGGUGGCCUCCCUGCUGCUUGCACCACCCAUAACGAGUACUUGCCCUAUCCUGGAGACUGUCACAAAUAUUACCGUUGUGUGGACAGUGACGGUGAUGGUGUUUUCGAUAUUGAGGUUUACAAUUGCGGCGACUUCGUGUAUGAUCCCAAUUCCAGUGCUUGCGUGGAUCCUAAUUUGCUUGGGUAUGAAAAUUUGUGCGAAAGUUAAUCAUAAUUUCAAAUAAAAAACAAGUACAUUGUUUUAUCAAUAUGUGA